AUGGGAGGUGUAGAGGACGAUGAACCAGCAUCAAAACGUGUGAAAUUAGCCUGUGGUGAGUUGAAAGGUAAUCCAAACGGUUCUUUGCUAUCAGAGCCAAGUGUUGGGUCUUCAAGAGACUUGAUGGCCCGCCUCCUGCAAUCUGAAGAUGAUGAGGAGGUCAUUGGUUCAAAAGGAGUCAUUAAAAAAGUUGAAUUCGUCCAGAUAAUAGUGAAAGCCUUGUAUUCUCUUGGAUACAAGAAGAGCGGUGCCCAUCUAGAAGAAGAGUCAGGCAUACCCUUACAUUCCUCUGCGGUGAAUAUGUUUAUGAACCAGAUUCUUGAUGGCAAUUGGGGUGGAAGUGUUGUUACAUUGCGUAGCAUUGGGUUAAAGGAUGAAAGUACUAUUAAGUCGGCAUCUUUUCUGAUAUUGGAGCAGAAGUUUUUUGAGCUGUUGGAUGCGGAAAAAGUCAUGGAUGCUCUGAAAACUUUGAGGACUGAAAUUGCACCUUUGUGUGCUAGUAGCAAUCAGCUUCGGGAACUUUCUUCCAGCCUUGUGUCUCUCUCACAGGGUCCUUCGGUGGGGUCUUCUAAUCAGGCUAAUCUGAGGGCCAAGUCUCGGCCAAAGCUGCUGCAGGAAUUGCAAGAGCUUCUCCCCCCAACCGUUAUGGUACCAGAAAGGCGGUUAGAGCAAUUAGUUGAGCAGGCUCUUACCCUGCAGCGAGAUGCAUGUGUCUUCCACAACUCAUUGGACAGAGAAAUGUCAUUGUACACCGAUCAUCAAUGUGGAAGAGAUCAGAUUCCAUCUAAAACACUACAGAUAUUAGAAGCUCACUCUGAUGAAGUCUGGUUCUUGAAAUUUUCUCAUAAUGGGAAGUAUUUGGCUUCCUCCUCUAAUGAUCGGUCAGCAAUCAUAUGGGAGGUCAGUGCAAAUGGUGAUGUUUCUUUAAAGCAUAAACUUUCUGGCCAUCAUAAACCCGUAUCCUCUGUUUCAUGGAGUUCUGAUGAUCAUAAACUCCUCACUUGUGGUGUUGAGGAGUCUGUUAGAUGCUGGGAUGUUGCAUCUGGUGAAUGCCUCCAUGUUUAUGAGAAAGCUGGGGUUGGCCUAGUUUCAUGUGGAUGGUCCCCAGAUGGGAAAUGGAUAUUUUCUGGUGUUAAUGAUAGGAGCAUUAGCGUGUGGGGAUUGGAUGGGAAGGAGAUAGAGUGUUGGAAAGGUCAACGAACUCUCAGAAUUUCAGAUUUGGAAAUCACUAGUGACGGAAAGGAGAUUAUGUCCAUAUCCAAGGAAACUGCAAUUCUCAUACUUGAUAGGGAAGCAAAGUCUGAGAGAGUGAUUGAGGAGGACCAAACCAUAACUUCAUUCUCGUUGUCAAGGGAUAAUAGGUACUUGUUGGUUAACCUUGUGGGUCAGGAAAUCCAUCUGUGGAACAUAGAUGGUGAUAUCAAUCUUGUUGCCAAGUACAAAGGUCACAAGCGUACCCGAUUUGUCAUCAAAUCCUGUUUUGGAGGAUCUGAACAAGCUUUUAUUGCCAGUGGCAGUGAAGACUCACAGGUAUAUAUAUGGCAUAGAGGAUCAGGGGAGCUGAUAGGGACAUUGCCAGGGCAUUCGGGAUCCGUAAACUGCGUCAGCUGGAAUCCUGUGAAUCCACACAUGUUGGCAUCAGCCAGUGAUGAUGGUACGAUUCGAAUAUGGGGCUUAAACAGUCAUCUGCAGCAGCAAAAGAAGCAGCAGCAGGUUCACAGCAAUGGUGGUUCUAUAGCUGCUGCCUGCAAUGGGAGAACUUGA